AUGGCUGGCUCCUUCGCUAGGCUGACCCGUCUGCGUAAGCUUGAUCUUUCGCAGAACCAGCUUGCUCGAAUAGCGCCUGCCACCUUCUCGGGGCUUCGGUUGUUACGGCUUCUUCGGCUCGACGAGAAUCACGGUUUGGAACUGGCGCCCGGUGCCUUUGUGGGUGCUCAAAUCGCCGGACUUAGUCUGGAGGCAACCGGCUUGACGAAAUUGAAGUUGACCGAUCUCGAGCCGCUGUUGCGAAGUGGUGUUGGAGUCGGCGGCCGAUUGGAGUCUCUCAAUCUGGCCAACAACGCAUUGACAGGCCUCGAGGCGGGACUCGAGCUCGGUCUGUCGAGUCUGCAGCCGGGCAGUUUGGUGUUGGAGGGCAAUCCGUGGCGUUGUGAUUGCCGUCUCGCUUGGCUGGCUCGACUGUUGGCCCGCCAGGCGAGACAAGCUGCCACGCCCGGUUUGGCCAGUCAACCGGGGCCCGUGUGUCAAGAACCCGUCGAGUUGGCAGGUCGACAAGUCGACAGUCUCCGACUUGACGAGUUGGUCUGCACCCCGCCUCGACUAACCGGCAUCGAGGUUGAACUGACUGGUCUCAGUCGAACUGUCGAUUUUCCAGAAUAUGCCUUCAACGAAGUUGACGAUGGAGUCGACUUUGAUGGUUUGGUCGCCAGACUACGCUGUCUUGCCAGCGGAUCGCAAGAUCUAAACGUCACAUGGUUUCGUCGGGUUGUCAGCCCCGGAAAAACCGGUACCAGCCUUCAACUGGAGCCAGAGUCACGCUCACCAAGUCUGGGCGUGGCAGAGCUGCAUCUGCAUCAGACGAGCAUCACUACGCCCGGCAACCGUUGGCGACGCAACAGGCGUCUGGCACGCAGUUACUCGCAUCUGAGUGACCAGUUGGCCGAAAUAACGAAAGAGGAGACAAGACGGAUGGAGCAGGAGCAGGAGCAGGAGGAGCAUGAGGAGGGAACUGGUGUCGUGGCUACCUCGGCAUCUCUCGCCAAGCCGGAAAUGUUCACAUGUCUCGUGAUUGACGCCAACGGCAAAACCACCGCUGAUGUCAGUCUCAUUUGGCCCAAACAUUUGCCCGCCUCAAAUGUGCACAUACCAAUCGGUAAGCAACAACACUUCCAGACCGAUUCCAACAUUCGGAAAGAGGUGGCCGAGAGGAUUGACGAGUUGUCGAGCCAGAAUGCCCAAUACGAGCCUGCAGGUGGAGACAAGAAGACUGAUCCGAUUUAUUCAAUCGUCACGGCCGGGGGUAGCGAAUUUCUUUACGAAGUAAGUUGUUGCCACGGAUGA